UACUAUAUAAAAAAGCGAUUAUAUUUAAUAAUAAUAACGAUAAAUAAUAAUAAUAGAAAUAGUUAUUAAAAGAUCAAAAAUUAAAUAUAAUCAAAUAAAUAUAAAAAAUGUCGAUAAAAUUAAGAGAUUUAAUUAAAACAGUUAGAAGUUGUAAAACUGCAGCUGAAGAACGUGCACAAAUCGCAAAAGAAUCAGCACAAAUUCGUACAGCUAUGAAAGAGGAAGAUGUAGAGUCUAGACAAAGAAAUGUUGCAAAAUUAUUAUACAUUCAUAUGUUAGGUUAUGCAACUCAAUUUGGUCAAAUGGAGUGUUUAAAGCUUAUUGUUUCACCAUCUUAUGCUGAUAAAAGAAUUGGUUAUUUAGGUUUAAUGUUAUUAUUAGAUGAAAAACAAGAGGUUUUAUUAUUAGCAACAAAUUGUAUCAGAGGUGAUUUCGUUAAUCCAAAUCAAUUUAUUGUUGGUGUUGCAUUAUGUGCAUUCGGUAAUAUUUGUUCAAGUAUGAUGGCAAGAGACUGUUCAUUAGAUAUCGAACAAUUAUUCCCACAUUCCAACCCAUACAUUAGAAAGAAAGCAGCACUUUGUGCCAUUAGAGUUUUAAGAAAAGUACCAGAUUUAAUUGAAAAUUAUAUUCCAAAGAUUAAAGCAUUACUUUCAGAAAGAAAUCAUGGUGUAAUUUUAACAGCACUCACAUUAAUCAUCGAAAUCUGCGAAAUGGAUUCACAACAAAUUGUACACUUCAAAAAGAUGGUACCACAAUUAGUUAGAAUUUUAAAGAGUUUAACAUCAUCAGGUUACUUACCAGAACACGAUAUUGGUGGUGUUACUGACCCAUUCCUUCAAGUUAAAAUCCUUAGAUUACUCAGAAUUUUAGGUCACAACGAUCCAGAAUCAAGCGAUCUUAUGAACGAUAUUCUUGCACAAGUUGCUACUAACACUGAUAGUACCAAAAAUGUUGGCAAUGCCAUUCUCUACGAAUGUGUUCAAACUAUUAUGUCUAUAGAGUCUGAAAAUGGUCUUAAAGUUAUGGCUAUUAAUAUUCUCGGUAGAUUCCUUUUAAACCGUGAUAAUAACAUUCGUUAUGUAGCCCUCAAUACCUUAAGUCGUGUUGUAAACACUGAUAUUCAAGCAGUUCAAAGACACAGAAAUACAAUCGUUGAAUGUCUUAAAGAUCCAGAUGUUAGUAUUCGUUGCAGAGCACUCGAUUUAAUUUACUCUUUAGUCACCGAGUCAAAUAUUCGUGUUUUAGUUAGAGAAUUACUCAACUUUUUAUUAAUUGCUGAUGCUCAAUUUAAAUCUGAAUUGGUUGCUAAACUUUGCAUCGUUACAGAAAAAUAUGCACCAAAUAAAAGAUGGCAAAUCGAUACAAUUCUUCGUGUUAUGUCAAUCGCAGGUAAUUUCAUUCCAGACGAAGUUCCAUCAAAUCUUAUCCAAUUAAUUAGUUCAACACCAGAAUUAUCAAGUUAUGCAGUCCAAAAAUUAUACUUGGCCCUCAAACAAGAUAUCACUCAACAACCACUCACCCAAGUUGGUUUAUGGUGUAUUGGUGAAUAUGGUGAUUUAUUAGUUGCCGAUAAAUCUCAAUUACCAAAAGAUGAAGAAGGUUUAGCUAUUAAUGUUACUGAACAAAAUGUUAUAGAUUUGGUUGAUUCAAUUUUCAAACAUGCCACUACUACACAAUCAACUCGUCAAUAUUCUUUAACCUCAUUAGCAAAAUUAUCAUCAAGAUUUUCACAAAAUUCAUUAUUACGUGUUAAAUCAAUGAUCGAUUUUUAUAAACAAAAUAUUAAUUUAGAAUUACAACAACGUGCUUGUGAAUAUUCAACAUUAUUUGAUUUUGAUAAGAAAGCAUCCAUUUUAGAUAGAAUGCCACCAAUCGAAAAACAAGAGGUCGAAUCACCACUUCAAACUAAACAAAUCCCAACCCAAACACCACCAACUCCACAUCAACAACAACCACCAUCCCAACAACAAAACCAACAAUCUGGUGGUUUUGGUUCAUUAUUAGAUGGACUUGAUUCACCAACUACCAGCUCACAAAAUGCUUCAAACGGUCAAAAACCACAAAACGCAAUGUCUUUAUUAGAGGAUAUUUUCGGUCCAAGUCCAGUUGCUCAAACUUCACCACAACAAAAUAUGAACCAAAUGAAUAAUAAUUUCAUGAAUAUGAACAUGAACGCAAACACUAAUACAACUAAUACAAAUAAUAAUAAUAAUAAUAAUUCAGGAACAGCUCUUUUAGAUUUAAUGAGCGGUAUUAUGCCAACUCCAUCACCACAACAAUCACAACCACAAUCACAACCACAAACACUUUCACCAAAUAGCGGCGGUGGAUUACUUCAACCAGUACCACAACCUCUAUCUUUCCCAGCCUUCCAAAAGCAUGGUCUUGAAAUUUCAUAUGAAUGUACUAAACCACAACCAAAUAACCUUUCAUUAACAAAUAUCAAUAUGAUCAUUACAAAUACUGGUCCAUCACCAAUUACCAAUUUUUCAUUACAAGCUGCAGUUCCAAAAUAUUUAAAGAUUCAAUUACUUGCACCAUCAAGUACAACAAUCCCACCAAAUGGUUCUGGUGAAGUUACUCAAUUUUCUAAAGUUCUCAAUUCACAACAAGGCCAAAAACCAAUUCUUCUUCGUGUUAAACUUGAUUUCCAAAUUAAUGGUCAAGCUUAUUCAGAAGUUACCGAUACACCAUUACCAUCAUUAUUUUAAAUAAUAUUAUAGAUAUAAAAAAGAAAAAUUUAAAAUUAAUUAAUUAAAUAAAUUAUUAAUAAUAUAAAUAAUAUAAUAAUAA